AUGGCAGUCGUCUCUGAGACUCCCUCUCUGGACGUCAACAUCGACCCCCUCACGCUGAGCGUCAUUGUUGAGAUGCAGCUUGAGGAGAGCGAAGGGAUGGUCUCCAACGGGCGGGGCAAGCAGCGCGAGGGCACAGUGACGGAUGCUCAGCUGGCUCUACAGAUUUACAUGGAAGAUCUCAGAUGCGCCGACGCUAUCCUGAAAGACCGCAAGUUGGCGCAGAGCAUCUCCAUUGCGGUCCAGCGGGACGGCAAUUUCAUCUACGAAGCCUAUAGACAGGAACAACAGGCGGAGAAAGAUCGCGAGCUCGCAUUGAGGAUUGCGACGGAACACGCUCCCGCCGCUGGCAAAGAGACACAGUAUUCCCGCAAGAUGCAGGAGAAGGCUUUCGAGGAUCCAUGGACAAAUGCCGAGAUGCUCGCGAAGGUUGCUACCAUUUACAUGAAUCCGACGGUGUGGCAAGUGCCUAUUAUUCGUUCCGGCGGUUCGGAUGCGGAGAGUGGCCAGGCUGAAUCUUCUGCAUGGGCUGCUUCGCGCGAGGAGAAGGGCAAGCCAGCCCCUCGCAAUUGCAUAGCUUGUGGGGAUGCGAAAGAAUUUGAGGAAGUAGCUCGUGUUCCAUGCGAUCAUGAAUACUGCCGCCCGUGUCUGGAAGAGCUGUUUCGGCUGUCGAUGAAGGACGAGUCUCUCUUUCCACCCAGGUGUGACAACCAGGAAAUUCCGCUCGAUUUUGUGAGGUUUUUCCUGCCUUCAAGCGUGGCCAAGGAGUUUGAGGCCAAGUAUGAGGAAUUGAGCACCAAGAACCGGACAUACUGUCAUGAUCGGACCUGUCAAACUUUUAUCUCGACAGCCCUCAAUGAAGAGAUUGCGACUUGUCCAAGGUGCACCAAGACAACUUGCAUCAUGUGCAAAUCGCCCUCUCACAGCGGAGAUUGUCCGCAAGACGCGGCCCUCCAGCAGCUUGUUGAGACCGCCGAUGCACAUCAAUGGCAGCGAUGCUACCAAUGUGCGAGGUUUGUCGAGCUCAACACGGGCUGUAAUCACAUGACGUACGUAUCAACUUGCCAUCCAUGGCUUUUGUGGCAUGUCUAACAUAAGUAUGAUGCAGUUGUCCAUGUGGCGCUCAAUUCUGCUAUGUUUGCGGUGCGCGAUGGCACGCGUGCGCUUGCCCACAGUGGGACGAGCAGCGUCUGGUCGAAAGAGCGACGCAGAUUGUGGAACGGCACCCUCAGAGAAGACUCUUCCAACCACGUCGUGUGGCUCACACUCAGCCUGCCACGCGUCCUACUUCUUCCUGCUUUCACGAGGCGACUGUCAAUGGCCCGUCGUCGUCAUCGGUAGUCAGGCCACGGGCAUUAAGCACCGCGUCCUCGGCCUGGCAGUCUGACUUCUCAGAGCAUUCCGAAUGGCAACAGGACUGGAACACCGAAGAUGAGGACGAUGCAACCGUCCUCGUAGAGCCCGCAACUGAUGAGCAGACCGAUCCGGUAAUCGCACCUUCUGGUGGGAAACCGGUACUUGCCUCGCCCGGUUUGGACGAACGGCACAACCUCAUAGCAGAAGCCAUCGAGAACCUGCGGGAAACCCACAACUGCACCCACGACAAAUGGCGCUUCGUCAGAGGCCGUCACACCUGCGAGGAAUGUCGGCAUGUGCUCAGGGAAUACAUUUUCGAGUGUCGACAGUGCCAGCUGCAAGCUUGCAAUCGUUGCAGGAGGAAUAGAUUGUAG